AUGGAGAACCAAAACCAAGAACUCAGCCAUGACGACAUAUGGGAUGACUCCAUGCUCGUGGAUUCAUGGAAUGAGGCGUUGGCGGAGUACAAGAAAUACCACAGCAUACACGUCACGGGCCUCCGACCAGAGGAGGAAAUAGAAGGGGGAGAAGAGGAAGAAGAGAUCCGAACAGAGACUCGUGCGCCGACGGAAGCGACACAUGCGCAGGCUGAGAUAGGCGCCGCAAAACCAACUACCAUCGAGAGUGAAACGGGGAAUGAUCGCUCAGAUGCAGUUGUUUCGGAGCAACAUGCCCGCGUUGCUGAGGAAGUAUCAUCACAACCGGCGAUUUCUGCUCCGCCAGGUCUGCUGGGCUCAGGAUACUACACAGGACUAUACGAAGGCCAGCAGAAGAGGAAAGAAUCCACGGGAUGA